CACGGUUUUGAUGGCUUUAUUAUCUUGGAACUUGUCUGGAAAACAUAACCACCUCCUCACUGGAGCUAGAGAGAGAAAGCAAGCAACAAAAUGUGAUAGCUAUACAUACAUGUUUUGUAAGUAUAUACAGUGAGAGAAAGAAGAAGCAUUUUGUAGAGUUCCAGCUCAAAGAAAUUGCAGUAUCUUGAUCUCCCUUUCAUAAAUUAAUAUUUGCUAAGUAAGUCUAGGAAGGAUAGUUUUCUUCCUGGAGUGAGUAUUUAUCUGGUUAAGUUUGCUGCCGAGGAAUUAAGCUGCUAAAAAUUUCAACACUUUCUGUCUGAAUUAUAUCUCGAAAGGCUUUGUUGGAAUGCAACAGCAUCACCAAGUCAGCAAUAUAAAUCCCGUGACAAACAAAUGUUGCAGCAGCAAAUUAUGCUUAAACAGAUUCAGGAAAUGCAGCGGAGGCAGCAGCUCCAGGAGAUGGGCGAAGGAAGAAAACAGAAUUAUGUAAAUCAACGUCCAUCACUAAAGCAGGCUUCAGGUGCUCAAUUUCCUCAUCCAAUUAAUGGAGCAACCAUUAAUGAUUCAUCGCAAAUGUUUGUGGACGUGAUACAACAUGGUGGAUCGGCGACUUUUCAAGGUUUUUCUAAUGGAUUGGGUCUUUCAGAACCUCAGAAUCUGCCUGGACGUCCUCUGGGCUUUUCACAGCAGCAGUUUGGCAUACCUUUAUAUUCUCACCUCCAGGGGCCGUCUAAUGACUCUGCCAAUAUAACGGUCAUGAACAAAAAUAUCCCAUUGGAAAUGCCCACCAUGCAGCCAUCGGCCUUUGUUAACUCAGUUAUUAGUCAAAGAAGCAAUUUCUCUUCAGACCAGAUUUGCAUCCCUGAUGGAGCUCUGCUGCCCAAUCAAGUGUUUGAGGAGAAGAAAUUGUUUGGACAAGGCCUCGUUCAAGGUCUCAAUGAUGGGAAUUUACAUGAGAACUAUUCCCAGCAAAGGAACACGUCAAUUCUUGAAUCUGAAGAGAUGCAAAAACAAGCUGGCUUGCAUGGACUUGCUCCAGGAAACGUGCCAAAACCUGGCCUUUUUCUGCAGCCUGGCACUUCUCUCGACCCAUUGGAACAGAAGAUAUUAUACAAUACGGAGGAUAACACGGAUGCUGGAGGCUUUGCAACUACCCUGGAUCUCACAUCUUAUAUGGAUGAAUUGCCUUCUAUGCAAAGUGGUAGCUGGAGUGCUCUUAUGCAGUCAGCCGUGGCAGAAACUUCGAGUAGUGACAAUGGGGUACAAGAAGGGUGGAAUGGUUUGAGCUUUCAGAACCCAGAACCUUCAACUGACAAUCACUGCUCUAAUUACAUUGAUGGUGAGAAGCAGCAAAAGAAUUGGUUUGACAUGCCAAGUUCAAAACCUGAGCCCUUUUUCCAGAAUUCCAAUCUGAACUACAGCUUUCCUGGUUUUCAGCAAUCAAAUGACCAAUAUGUCAAACAAAGAGAGGAGUCACAUUCUGAGUCUUCCCAUUCUUCUAUUCAGCAGUCCACUAGAAAUAAUAACAAAUUGUCAGAUUAUAGCCCUCAACAGAAGCAUCCUAUAGAAGGAAGUCAAAUGAUUCAAACAUCUUCGCCUGUGCCAAACUUUUGGCUUGGUCAGCAUCACGAGAAUUUGAAAAAUGAUACAGAUCAUUCUAGCUUUUUGUCAUAUGCCAAUGUGAACCAACCUUUCAGCAGCCUCUCAGGGCAGGAAUCGAGAGGCAAGCUUCAUGGCAUUACACCUCAGCACGUGCAUGGGGGCAGUCAAAAGCUAUUUGAUCAGGUACUCCAGCCGAAUAAUCAAAGGUACUCAAUAGAACCAGCGAAAAUGGCUCCUGGAAGCAAUUUUGUGCCCACGUCAUCUCUCUUUGGUUCAGUCACUCAUCUGAACAUCCGAAGUGUGACUGCUCAAACAAGUGAAAGUAUGCUUGAUCUACUUAGCAAGGAUGACAUAUCCAUAGAACAAGCACAUGAGAACUUGAACCCAAACGACUCAACACAAAAGGAAGUGCCAUUAACUGAAACUUCUGCGACUUUUGGUAAAUCACACAACAUUUCUUCUGUACCACAAGGAUUUGGCUUAAGAUUGGGACUUGCAGAUCAGCAGACUCCAGAGCCAUACUCUUUCUUUCAAACUUCCUCGGGGAACUCAAGUGCAACAUCGCCUUCAAAUCGUUUGCAUCUUCAAAAUCAUCGUACUUCAGCUCCACCUGUGGCGAUGGCGAGUCAUUUAUCAAGUAAACUUCCAGCAUAUAGUGCUGCUGCCUCCCAAGAUAAUGGCUCUCUCAAAAGCGCCCAUCUUUAUGAUCAAGAAUUGCCUAUUUUGGGAUCUGUUCCAGUCACUCAGUGGCCAGCUCUGCUCCAAUCCUCUGAUUUAGGUUUGAGCAGUCUGCAGGAUACUGCAGGGCAUUCACAUGAACAGCAUAAUCAAAACUCUUUUAAACAAGAAAACAGUGUACAAGAAUAUGGUGCCUAUUCAGGAAAAUCAGAUCGUCAUGAACAGCAGUUGGGGAAAGAGGUGUCCCACCAAUUUGGCUCAACUGGGGUAGGUAUCUCAAUUUCACGGAGUAGAUCUAUUCACGAGAACGAGUCUAUGGGAAAGAAUCACUUAGAAGCAGAUGUUGAAACUGGUUCAUUGAUGCAUCACUCUGAUAUUGCACAUCAGAGAGUCAACCAAACCCCUUUAUUUCCAGCUAGAGAUACUGGAGCCUUUGGCAAUUCUUUAUAUGCUCUUAAUCAAAAUCACUCCUUUGUGCACCCGGUGCAAAUGCCUCUAAAACACGUGGAAGUUGAUUCAAGUAAAAGGUUACCAAUUAAAUGUGAAGGUGUUGAUUCUGGUAUUAACUACCAGCAGCGUGGACAGAAGUCAAGAAUCAACGAUUUGGAGAAAAAUGAUGCAAUUUUGUCUGGGAACAAUAGAACACCAUGGAACUUUUGUCCAGAGGCCCAAGGUGAUCAGUUGGGCAAAACUUCAUCACAGGCUUACCUUCAUGAUUCCCAACAGAUGGCAAUGUUCGGCCAAAAUGAUACUCAGAGUGCGUCCAUCGGUAGUAAUGAAGGUUCUAAUGUUACAUAUCAGUCCCAGAUUAGUUUGCAAAUGGCUCCAUCCUGGUUUAAACAUUAUGGAACCUUAAAAAAUGAGACGUGGCCACGGUUCGAUGCCAAUGCUGAAAUUACUGCAGUACAUCAACUUUCUGGAAGGACUCUAGCUAACUUGCCAACAAAUAGCUCGAUUCUGCAGGUGAAUUCGGCUAGUCAAGGAAGCAGCAUAUGGCCAAUUACAGUAGGAAGUAACCAAUUAUCUCCUUCUAAUGUGUUACCUUCAGAUAUCACCUAUACAAACUUGGCAGUUUCAAGACCGAAGAAGCGUAAGAUCAUUGCAUUUGAACUUGUACCAUGGCACAAAGUAACUCAAAAUUCGUGUAGGCUUCAAAAUACCAGCAUUUCUGAGUUAGAAUGGGCACAAGCUACAAAUAAAAUCUUUGAAGAGGUUAAAAUGGAAGCCGUAGUUCUUGAAGAUAUUCACCCAUCGGUUCGAGCAAAAAGAAGGCUUAUCUUUACAACACAGCUUAUGCAGCAGGUAUUUCGGCCUGCACCGACAGUCAUUCUCUCUGCAGAUGCAAGCCCAAACUACGAUUUCAUGGCAUAUUUUGCUGCAAGAUUAACGUUGGGAGAUGCCUGCUGCCUGGCUCAAUUUCAGUCUGACACAAGCGACAAGUCACCUGAGAAGCUGAAAACUUUCAAGAGAACUGGUGCUUAUGAUCUCUCAAAAGUUGCAGAAAACUUCACUAGUCAACUGAAGAUGCUCAAGGGAAACAUGUUAAGAUUGGACAAGACUUUAUCGUUUACGGACGUUAAGGUAGAAGCCCAGGAGUUGGAGAAGUUCUCGAUCAUCAACCGUUUGGCAAAGUUUCACGGCAGGGCUCAUCAGGGUGUAGUCGACACAGCAUCAUCUUCUGGCACAACACCAUCAGCUCAGAAACACCUACAGAGAUAUGUUAUCGCAGUUCCAAUGCCUAAGUCAGUACCAGAGGGAACAAAUUGUCUUCCAUUGUGAUCAUUGAUUGAUCAAAGCCAUUCCGUCAGUGCCCUCUGUCCCUACAACACGAAUCUGCUGCUGCGUGCUUUUACAAUCCUUCGGAAAUGAACAGAGCAGAACCGAAUACGCGCUGACUGCUAGUGAGGCUAUCGAGGCGGUAAGAUUUGUUGUUUUUGAUAAAGCACAUAAAUUGUUCUUUCUAAUGUGCGUGAAAUGUUGAGUAUUUCGAGCAUGUAACUCACCAUUUAGGGAUCAAUAGCCAACUUGUAUGGAUCUCUCGAGUCUUCUUUAAGGGUAUGCUUCAAAGAUUGACUCUAAGUUUGUGUAUUGUAGGACUAACUUUGUGUAGCUGUAAGUUUGUAUCCAUUUCUCUCGA